AUGGCCGGCUCAGUCACCUCGUCGACCUCCUCGCAGCCAGCUCUCAGCUCGGCCAGCACGGCCAGCAGCAGCAGCGUCUCCAAGACGAGGAAGAUAGUCGUCUUCUCCCUGCCGCCAGCCAUGCUCAGCCGGUUCCCCAGCGGCAUCAGCGGCACCAGCGUCAGCAGCAGCGGCAAUGGCACCGCCAGCGAGGACAGCCAGGCCAACAAGGAGGACGAGUCCAGCUCGCCUUCGACGCCGCCAGCUCCUCUCACCGACAACGCCUCAGACGGCGACGCUGCCUCGACCACCGCCGGUGCUGCGCCCUCGACUCCUUCGGCUUCCGUCUCUGGCUCGGCCACUGCUGCUGCCAACGGGCCUACUUCAGCACCGGCCUCGGGGUCUGGCGCAGCAAAGGCAGGGGCCAAGAGAGGUGCUCCGGCUCUAGGGCCAGAUGGCCUCCCUAAACCACGAGGCAAGCCUGGUCCCAAGAAGAAACCAAGACUGGAGGAUGGAGAGACCCCUUCUCGCCCACCACCUCCUGCUCACCACCGUCUGGGGCCCAAAGCCAACCAAGGAGCCAUCAACGCCUGUCUACGUGCUCUAGAUCGCUCAGGCAAGCCCUGUCGCAAGUGGGAGCGAAAGUCCUUCCAGCUCAAGUCCUUCACCGGCGUGCUGUGGCAGGUUCCUAGCUGGGGGGCACCACCUCGCCCCAAGCCAACGCCAGAGGAAGAAGAAGAGAAGCAGAAAGAGAAACAAGAAACCAAUGGAGAGAAGAAAGACAAGGAGAAAGACAAGAAGAGCGAAAAGAGUGAAAAGAGCGAGAAGAGCACUGCUGAUCCUGCUGAGGCCAACGGUGAAGCUGAGAGAGACCCCACGCCUGCUGGAAGCAUGAUGGACAUCGAGUCUCCUGCUCCCGUCGCCGUUGCUUCUUGA